CUGUUUUGUGUGUUGCAUGGUUCAGGCCCCUUUUGCCAAAGGGUAUUGCUGACUAUGGAAGAAAAGCAUCUUUCUUAUGACAUGAAAUUGGUCGAUUUGGCAAACAAGCCGGAAUGGUUCUUACAGAUCAGUCCUGAAGGGAAGGUUCCAGUAGCAAAGUUUGAUGAGAAGUGGGUUCCUGAUUCUGAUGUAAUUGCACAGACACUGGAAGAGAAGUAUCCCGAUCCACCAUUGGUUACCCCGCCAGAAAAGGCAUCAGUUGGUUCGAAGAUCUUCUCCACAUUUAUUGGUUUUCUUAAAAGCAAAGAUCCCAGUGAUGGAACAGAGCAGGCAUUGCUGAAUGAAUUAAGCUCAUUUAAUGAUUAUAUUCAAGAAAAUGGCCCUUUUAUCAAUGGGAAGAAGGUUUCUGAAGCAGACUUGUCUCUCGCACCAAAGUUAUACCAUCUUGGGAUUGCUUUGGGGCAUUACAAGAAAUGGUCUGUUCCGGAUACACUUCCCUAUACAAAAUCUUACAUGAAGACAAUCUUCUCAAUGGAGUUGUUCGUCAAAACACGUGCAAGUCCCGAUGAUGUAAUUGCAGGUUGGCGUCCCAAAGUAAUGGGCUAAUUCUUUCUACCCUUCUCCCCAAAAUUUGAUGUAAGGACUAAGGAUGUAUAAUAUU